AUGGAUGAAUAUCUUUUAAGUUUGGAAACAAAUGUGACUUGUAACAAACCAGAAGUAGUUCUCACUAUUUUACACUUCAAUGAUGUGUACGAAAUAGAAGCAAGACCAGAAGAACCCGUUGGCGGUGCUGCAAGGUUUGCCACUGCUCUAAAAGUAUUCCAGUCGCUGAAUCCUUUAGUAGUUUUCAGUGGUGACUGUUUGAGCCCUUCUUUGCUAAGCACAGUCACCAAGGGAAAGCACAUGGUAGAUGUUCUAAAUAAAUUAGGAGUCCAUUGUGCGGUGUAUGGAAAUCAUGAGUUUGAUUUCGGUGUGGACCACUUGGAAGAGCAGACAAAAAAUAUGACCUUCCCAUGGUUCCUCAGCAAUGUGUACGACAGGUUCACCCAUGAAACGCUGGGCCAUGGCAUGGUCAGCAGCAUCCUGGAGUGGAACAGCCUAAAGAUCGGUGUCAUGGGCCUGGUAGAGGAGGACUGGCUGGAUACCCUGGGCACUGUGGACAAGAACAACAUCCACUACACAGACUAUGUGGAGACAGCUGAUCACCUUUCUGCUGAGCUGAGGGACAAAGGGGCUGACCUGGUCAUCGCAGUCACACACAUGAGGUGGCGUAAUGACAUCAGGCUAGCAUCCGAGUCCAACGGUGUGGAUCUCAUCCUGGGAGGACAUGACCAUGAGUACGGGGUUCUGGAGGUCAAUGGGAUUCUGAUCAUAAAGAGUGGCUCAGAGUUCAGGUACCUGUCAAAGAUUGACGUUGUGAAGGACCAGGAUGGGACGUUCAAGUACACCUGUGAAAAGAGAGCUACAAUGAGAGACCUUGAGGAAGAUGCGGAAAUCAAACAGAUUGUGAAAGGAUACACUGAUAAUAUGCAGCAUAUGCUUGGAGAGGUCCUGUGCCACACAGACGUGACCUUGGAUGGACGCUGCGCCACCGUGAGACGAGCAGAGUGCAACCUGGGUAAUCUGAUCACCAACGCCAUGCUGGAGGCCACUCAUGCGGAAGCGGCGAUUUUAAACUCAGGUACUCUGCGAUCUGACCGCUUGCACCCGGCUGGUCCCCUGACCAUGCAUGACCUGCUGCAGAUCCUGCCACUAAAGGACCCAGUGCUGGUGGUGGAGGCCACUGGGCAGCAGCUCUACGAAGGCCUGGAGAACGGGGUCAGCAUCUACCCUGAUUUAGAUGGAAGAUUUCCCCAGGUCUCAGGGAUUCAGUUUGGCUUUAAUCCCAAUGGAAAACCUGGACACAGAGUCAUUGCUAAGACAGUGAAGGUUCAAGGCAAGAGUCUAGAUAGAGACAGAAAAUAUGCGGUGGCCAUGAAAGAAUUCUUAACUAAGGGCAAAGAUGGCUACACUAUGUUCAGAAGCUGUCCUCAUAGGCACGACAUAGAGAAUGCUCAGAUCCUGUCGACCAUCCUCAUCAACCACUUUGAGUCUGGCCAGAUCGUCAGAGGCACGAAGAGGUGCAUGUCUGGCCACAGGAUGGGCCUCAUCAAGGUGUCCAGCAGCCCCUCUGUGUCUGCCAUUGAAAGUACCAAGAGUGAGAAUCUGGAGGGAGAGGAGGUGGGAGUGGCUGUGGUACCUGGAGUGGAGGGCAGGAUAUUCCAUGUCUACCCUGAGGGCCAAUCAGAAACAGAAGGCUAA